AUGACCUCGACUAUCUCGCGGGACCUCGGAGGACGUCUGCCGGUCCCGACGCUUCGACAUACCCUAGACAGAUACCUGGACUCUUUAGAACCGUUCCUUCAUGAAGACGAAUCUAGAGGCGGGAUGUCAUUUGAUGCAGCUUACUCUCUGAGGCAAAAAUGGGCAAAUGACUUUGAAACUGGUAUUGGCAAUACCUUACAAGAGCGAUUGCUGGCACUUGACAAAGUAUCUCCAUACAACUGGCUCGACGACAACUUCUGGAUCAAUAAAGCAUAUCUUGAAUGGCGUGCUCCUUUACUGGUUAAUUCUAACUGGUGGUUGGCAUUCGGGGAUGAUCCCCUCAUACCUCGCAGUGCCCUUUGCGGAGAAACAAACAACAACCGCGCUGGAACGACCUUUUGGCAGCUCCGCAGGUCGGCCUGGCUUGUCUACAGGAUAUUGCAAUUUAGAGACAACGCAUCUCAAACGUAUGACACAUAUCCCUUUCCUCCUGAGUAA